AUGCACCACAAUGUUGACGCUACCGACGGCCACCAUCGACCCCAUGUAUCCAUCGCCGUGGGUGGCCACCUUCCUUUUGGUUCUCGAAACCCCAUGCAUCCCAGCCCAGCGCGCUUCCCAGCUUAUACAUUUGAAGUAUCACCCCCUGCAUACGAAGGUGAUCACUCCAACCCUUUUGAUACACAGCACGCGCAUGCGUCAAAUACCCCUUUGGAUAACGCACGACCUUUCAUAGCCAAUGCACGACCUCACUCGGCCAACGAACGGCAUCAUCGACCUUCGAGUCGUUCCACCAGCUUUUCCGCGAUUGGAACCCCCACAAUGGCUUUCCCAGAACCCCAAAUCUACCGUUCUGUUUCGCACAAGCAGUCAAGUCGGGAAUCGACCCUGCAGCUCCCGAGUACGAGUAGACCUCAAAAUCACCACCACAGUCAGAGCGAUGUCGGCCCAACGCCCUCUCGCUCAAUUGGCAUCCACCAAGAUCCCUCCGUAGCGUCGUUUGGGUCCACUGCGUCAUCGUAUUAUCAGAAUAACGAUGAUUACACUUAUACGUCUCCGGUGAACGAGUUUUUCGGGGACGAUACCGAUAAUAUCACGCGCGAGCUAUCCGACUUUACACUCAAUUCUGAAGAAGGUCUCCGCCGCUUUCAGAACGGGGAAUUGGCUGAAGCAGACCAGCAAUGGCAUCGACUAGUUCCAAACGAGGCAAUAGAGGCACUGGGAAAGGAAGAGGUUCAAAGGCAGUCUGUGUUGUUUGAGGUCUUCACAGCUGAGAGAGAAUAUGUCGCUGAUUUGGAAGCUGUGGAAGAGGUCUUCAUUGCGGGCCUUAUGAAAGCUUCACCACCCAUAAUUCCCGAACCGCAAUUGUCGGGUUUCAUUCACGAGGUUUUCGGGAACCUUCAUCAAAUACUGACGCAUCAUCAGGCCAUGCUCGCGGCCCUCUUUUCUCGGCAACGCGAUCAGCACCCUCUCAUACAAUCUGUAGCCGACAUCGUGCUUGACACCACCCUCAAAUCAGAUUUCCGCUCCGCAUACGAAAUAUACAUCAAGCACUACCCUCUCUCAGAGUCGCAUCACCGCCAGCAGCUCAAGAAGAACCGUGCAUAUGCCACGUUUAUUGAAUCCGUCUCGAUGGAUCCGCGGAUAAGAAGGCGUGAUUUAAUCACCUUCCUCUCUCGCCCUGUCACUCGAUUGCCUCGACUAAACCUCCUCCUUGAGCAAAUAUUGAAGCGCACCGACGAGACGAAUGGUCAUCCAGACGUGGAGACCCUGCCUAUCAUCCUAGGGAUAUUAAGAGAUUGCAUCAAGAGCACGCAGCCGGGAAUCGAGGCUGCGGAGAGCAAGGUCAAGUUUUUGGAACUGUGCGAGAGCUUGGUGUACCAGAAAGGAGAAAUAAUUGAUAUGGAUCUCUAUGAUGAGAGUAGAACUCUUGUUUACUCAGGCCCCGUCUCAAGACGCGCUCGCUCCGAGACAGGGUUUUCUUCUGGCGGCUGGACCGAGCUAAAUGUUGCGCUGCUGGACAACUUUUUCUUGCUGACCCGUGAAGAAAAACGUCCCAAUGGCUCGGUCAAAAGGCUCCUUAUGUCUAGACCGAUUCCACUUUCCUUCCUGCGGCUUGGGACCUUCGAUUCAGCACCCGAAACAAGACGGGAGCGCGCUGAAGAUGGUGGAAUACUCGACAGCCUCCGCUACCAAACCGUGACUUUGUAUCCGUUUACGGUUUACCAUGCAUCUAAUCUUUCAACCCGGAGAUACACACUUUAUGUGACGACGGAGGCUUUUCGAAAACGAUGGCAAUCAGCGCUUGUGGACGCCAUUGGCGUCAACAAGGUCAGACAGGACAGUAACAUGUGGUUUGACCCUCAAAAAGUCUCGGACAACUUUCUCCGAGUGCCAGGCCGGAGAAGUGAACCUGCUGUCCGAACGUCUGGAAGAAUCAACAGUGGUGUUCCCUUUAACUACGGUGGACGCAGGUUCAUCGUCGUGGGAUGCACAUCUGGGAUAUACCUUGCCAUCUACGGGACAGAACAGUUCCGAAAGGUGCUGAAUGAUGUCAACCCGGCCUCUAUCUCCGCCUUGCAGACGCUAGGCGACAAGACGUUCAAUAAAUUGGUUGUACACGCCGAUGCAUCCAUAUUUUCGUACUCUCUCGAAACAAUUGUGCGGGUGGGGCUUGGACAUGCACAUCCACAGACGCUUGAGGUCGUGGCAGAACGAAUUGGAGGCAGCGAUAACAAUAUACUCUUCUGCAGACAUUUGCACAUUGGACAUCGGUUUUUACUCGUCUACGCCUCCAAGAGGCGAUUGAGCACAACGCUGAACCUUCAUGUCUUGGAAGCGAUUGAUACCUCAAAAGUAAUACCAUCGCCAACUCGGACUGCAGCCACAUCUAUCGUUUCUUAUCGGCCAUAUGGUGAUCCAGGAUAUGUACCAAAGGAUGCGUACGACAUUGUUGGGCUUGUGAAGACAAUUGGGAUCUGCACUCACGAUGGAAUCGUAACCGUUGAUCCUACGAAUCUUGCACUCUCCGACGUAGCCGUGGUGCCCGACCUCCAGGGUGCAAAUAAUAACCCUGCAGUUGCAACGCUGAAGGUCAAUCUGGAAGGUGCGAAGCCGCUCGGUUUGGUGCGGGUGGAUGCAAAUGAGCUUUUGGUUGUGUAUGAUGUCCUUGGGUGCUACAUCAACAGACGUGGACAACCAACGCGUAGAUGCGGAUACAUCAAGUGGGAAACAAAGGCAGUAUCCUAUGCUCACCGGCAGGGUCACGUCCUCCUGUUUUCCCCAGAGUUCAUUGAGAUCCGGAGCGCGACUAACGGGCGGAUCGUACAAGUCAUUGAGGGGAAUGAUAUUCGAUUAUUGUUCUCUGGGCCAAUGACGACCAAAGACGAUCCGAUAAUAUUUGCGAUGAGGGGUGACAAAGACGACGGGGGUGGGGUCAGCGAGAAGAUAGUAGCGUUGAAAGAAACGUCGGAGAUCGCGCCAGUAACUCCACUGAGCGCAUUGGUGCCUGCGAUGUGGGACGAAUGGGAUAUGUGA